AUGCCUCCAUUGCCAGUGCUUUCGCCAAUUGCUGAUUCUAGAAAAUUCAAUCUCAAUGCUUCUGCUGUGGCCGGUUUCUUCGGUGGUGAGGAAGCUAUCACUGCCAUGGCUACUGUGCACCUGUAUAGGGGGCGCAGAUGGCUCGGCUGGUACAACUCCCCCGGCAGCUACAUUAUAGCCAAGGAGUUUGGCAGGAUAUCCGGGUCAAGAUUUUGGAAUGGUCUUUUUCCUGGCUCCAACCAUUCUCCAGUUGUUGCAUUCAAACUGGACGGGAAGACUGGCCCGAAAUAUGUGGCGUCACACUCAGGAACUGUCAUGCAGCAGACAGGGCACCUUGCACAUCUCCUGACGCAGGGGACAGAAAACUCGGAUGUAGUGCCAACUUCUCUUCCUACCUCACGACAUGCUACAAUUUCACGUAUCUCUAUCGUCACUGUCCCUGAAAUCACAUAUGGCAACCUUCAUGUGCAGACCAUGAGCAUUCACCACACCGUCUUUGCCAGCUUCCCUAUCCUGGUCAGCGUCUGUACAUGCAUCUUUUCCGCCUUAUUCGCAGACUGGUACUGCUUUGCGAUGAUUCUCCUCGGAAUUAUUUCUAGCGGUGUCACGUGUUUUGUCAUUGGUUCUGGAGACCUUAAUAUCGAGACGGUCAAGACUCCAGCGGAGGGUUGCCCUCCAGGAGACGGGAUGCUCUUGAUGAAGAAUAACGUCAUCAUCUUGAAGGGAGAGGAAAAGGAUGUGAAUGUAAUCACGAAGGGGAAAUUUGUGCUAAAGCUGAAAGGAGAACCAGAGUAUACAGCUGUUGGGCUGUGCUCGCUGCUCCUUGAGGUGCAGUUUCUGCUGCAGCUCCUCCUCAUUCCCCAGGGAUCGCUGAUUGGUCAGACCAUGUUCCUGACUUCAAUAAUUGCAUCCUGGGCGUACAACUCCUUCCUCGCGUCCCUGGACGAGGAAAAACUACAACGGAAACUGUUUUACGACCAUAUUGGACUUCAGCAGCUAACUGUGCUUAGUUUUGAAGCUAGCACUCGGACCAGCAUGGCUGCAUUCACAUGCUUCGUUCUCUGCAAAGAUUUACUAAGGCCUCUUCGGGGUAUCAAGCCGAUGAACAUUCUGUUGGAGUUGGUGCCCAACGAGACGCCAGUGUGGCAGAAGUGGAGGGAGCAAGUGGUGGCUCAGGUCGAGAAAAAAGAGGGCGAAAUGAUUGAUUUCCAAUCUGAAGAUGUUGAUAUGUCAGGGCUUGACGAGCAUGACCAGGCACUUUUGAAAGACCUCCUGAAGGAUGCGAAGCAUGCGUACGAUGUCGGGCUCGCAGGAGGAGAAAGUACGCCGCUUUUGUUGACAGGCAGGUUCAUAUCGAAACCUAAAGCCUCUUGGGCGUCCUGUACAGGCAACUGA